CCUAGGCUUGGCGACUGACAAAUUCUGCCUUUCCCCGGGUAGACUUCGGACUGAGAAACUGGCUCCGAACACAACCGAACCCGGCGCCAGGCGACGCCGGGUCACGUGGCUGAUGGCCCCGUGAUGUGCAGGCUGCGGGCGUCACGGUGACGUUCGGGCGAUCGGCCAAGUGUCCCCACUACCUUCGUCCCCUGUGCAUCCGUGGAACUAUCAUGGACCUGGGACCGAUGCGCAAGAGUUACCGCGGGGACCGAGAGGCAUUUGAGGAGGCUCAUCUGACCUCUCUGGACCCCGUGAAGCAGUUUGCUGCCUGGUUCGAAGAGGCCGUCCAGUGUCCUGACAUAGGGGAAGCCAACGCCAUGUGUCUGGCUACCUGUACCAGAGAUGGGAAGCCCUCCGCCCGCAUGGUGCUGCUGAAGGGCUUCGGCAAGGACGGCUUCCGCUUCUUCACUAACUCCGAGAGCCGCAAGGGAAAAGAGCUGGACUCUAAUCCCUUCGCUUCCCUUGUCUUCUACUGGGAGCCCCUAAACCGGCAGGUCCGUGUGGAGGGCCCUGUGAAGAAGCUGCCCGAGGAGGAGGCCACAAGCUACUUCCGCUCCCGCCCCAAGAGCAGCCAGAUUGGGGCUGUGGUCAGUCACCAGAGUUCCGUGAUCCCCGAUCGGGAGUAUCUGAGAAAGAAGAACGAGGAGCUGGAGAAGCUCUACCAGGAGCAGGAGGUGCCAAAGCCCACAUACUGGGGUGGCUACGUCCUGGACCCACAGGUGAUAGAAUUCUGGCAAGGCCAGACCAACCGCCUGCACGACCGGAUUGUCUUUCGGCGGAGCCUCCCGACAGGAGACGACUCCUUGGGGCCCAUGACCCACCGCGGGGAGGGGGGCUGGCUCUACGAGAGGCUUGCUCCCUGACACCCGGGCUGCGUGCGGCGCCCACUGGGGCCGGCCGGGCGCUGAGGGAGGGUGUGGGGUUGGGAGCCAGGCCCUUCUGAAGCCAACGUAUUUCCCUCCCACUCCUUGUCUCCAGGGCUCUUCAGAGUUUACCCUUCAAGCACCCUGUACCUACCUGGCUCCUAAUCAGCUGUCUGAUGGAGGGUGACGGAGGCACAGAGGGUCACAAACGGAAAUAACCCCACAAUGAUUUUCUUGAUUUUAACAAUCAUUGAUUGGUGUAGCUCUCUCUAGAGCAGGGGUGCCCAGCCUUUUGGCCUCUCUCCACCACACUGGAAGAAGAGUUGUUGUCUUGGGCCAAACAUUAAAUACAUUGUGACACGUAAUCACAAAAAAAUCUCACAGUGUUUUAAGUAAAUGUACGAUGUUGUGUUGGGCCGCAUUCGCAGCCAUCCUGGGCUGCAUGCGGCCCGUGGGCCGCAGUUUGAACGCCCUUGCUAGAGGUAGCAGCGGAUGGGAUUCCCUCUGCUGGCAGCUGGGUGGGUCCCCAGCAGCCCCGACUUAGCACUGUGACUGAGCCAUUCCAGCCAAAGCUGACUGGUGCCAGCAUAAGCCCCUGAGCUGACCUAGCCCUUCAGUGUUUCUUGUCAACUGUUGGAUAUUGGAAAUGGAGUGGCCCGGAGCAUGGCGCGUCAUUGUAGCCAAGUCACUAGUGGCCGCCAAGGAGCAUUAGGCCCUGGCUGCUGCUCUCGCCGCUCCCUUAGCGACCCUGGGUCCCCCCUCCCAUGCCCGGGCUGUGCAGGGCCUCCUCCUGCCUCGAACACCCACUGUCUCCAAAAAAAAAAUUCUUCUGUUUACAUAAACUAGCUGGAUCGAUUUCUGUUGAUUGCAAAUAAAAGAACCUUAACUUA